AUGGACGAUGCGAUAAAUCCUCUGCGUGAAAUGGCAGAGCGAGUGGGCAGGGAAGUCGAGACCUUUGCUGAGAGGCUGGAUCAGUUCUUGGAUGGCCUGCCUUCGCGAAAUAAGUACGAGGCGGCAGUGGAGCUGGUUGAGGAGUUCCGCGACAUCUCUGCCGAGGCGGCGCAUCAAGCGAAGCUGUCCACAGGAUCUACCACGAACAACCCAUUCACGUUGUCGACGAACAACAAGCUGGAUGGCCUCGCGAAUCGUAGAUCGGAAUCGGUCAAGCAAUGGAGGCAUUGGCAGCAAGAGGCGGAUCUGUGGGAGCUGUUCAGACUCGUGCUGGACCUGCAUCAUAACCCAGACCCCAACGCCCGCCAGCAAGAGAAAGAACGAAAGCUAGCCGAACUUGGUCCACCGCAUCGCUAUACAAGUGAGAGCCACAUCUACAGACGUUUCUUGCUCAGCAACGACCUCGCGAAUGAGCAAUCACUGGUGAAGAGAUGGCUGGAGCAAGCGGUCGACCACCAGGAGACCGACUUGUCAGGCAUCAUGGAAGAGCUGGAGACAAAAGCGAAGCGUGGCAAGGGCAUGUGGUCGCAUGGAUGGAUGCAUACGAGGGAGAAAGUCAAGCACGAGAAGAGAUUACGCUCAUGGCCGACUUCGCCCGGUGCGCCCCUACCGCAAAUCCGUAACGCCAACGGCACGGAACUGCUCGUGACAACUCUCGACCCUGAUGCGCUCUCACGGCAGGGUCGGACGGUGGAGAAGGAGGAUGCUUACUUUGAACGCGCCAUGUGGAUUGCUUGUUGGGAGAUGCUGCGCCGCGGGAGGUCGUGGAGAGAAGUCAGCGAAUGGUGUGCGGACCACAAAGAAGGCUGGCGAGCAUUGUCUAUUGGGAAAGGUGCGAAUCCGAAUGAGGCCGCGUCGAACGCGGCCUGGAGGAAGAUGUGCUAUCUGGCGUCGCAGUCGGGGUGCUCGAAUGAGUAUGAAGCUGCGGUAUACGGUCUGCUCGGAGGAAGCGUCAAGGCUGUGGACAAGGUCUGCCGGAGUGUUGAUGACACGCUCUAUGCUUACUACAACGCCGAGCUGCUUCGUCAAUUUGACCAGUACCUCGCCACAAAUUACCCGGACCGUGCCCCACUUACAAGAAAGGUCAGCGAGGAUGCUCUGCGGGAUCCUGAAGAAGCGAUAGUAGCGCUCAUCAAGAGACUGAGAACGCAGCCUGCCACGGGUGGCGAAGCCGUCAAGCCGAUGAAGAUCAUUCAGAGCUAUCUCCUCGCAAACGAUACCGGCAGUCUGAUUCACACUCUUGGACAUGCCAUCUCGUACACGGACAAGCUCGCAGGAGACAAGGAGGAGAUGAUCAUACAUCUCGAGCACUUCUGGUCCGGAGAAGGCAAUAUGCCCGAGUCAGAAGUCGCACUGGACCCUCAGACUCUGCGCAUCGUUGCCCACAUGGCCAUCAUUCUUCGGGUGCUCAGCGAGGAGCCCCUGGACGGCGAUGAUCGUGACGCGGAAGAAAACGUGACAGUCGCGUACAUCCAAGCUCUCCGCGCCGCCGGCAAGCGCGAUCUCAUCCCCAUCUAUGCUUCCCGUCUCGCUGUGGGUCGAUGCGUGGUGAGCAUGGCACGGGUCCUGCAAGAUGUUACCAACGAUCGCGAGCAAGAGGAUAUGUUGGCGUUGAUGAAGAAUUACAAGCUCGAUAAUCUUUUGGUGUUGAAUGAGCAGUUGAUGUUCCUCCUCGAUGCGACUGUGGGCAAGCAGAUGCAGAACCCGAAGCCGAUCAAAAUGAUGGAGCAGACAGAGAUCAUGACGCUGUAUCCUGGUCAGCGAAUCGUGGUGGAUUUCCUGCCGGAGUAUGCGACCAAAGAUGAUGAGGCGAUUGUGAGGAGUUUGAGGUGGUUUUACAUCCUUGACGGGCAUUGGAGGGAGACAUUUUCGAGAUUCUCGGUUGCGUUGCGGAAGUGUUUGCGUGAGUCUUCUGUCACCUUUCCUGACAUUGCUUUACUAACAUUCUUCUGCAGUCGCCGGCCGCCUCGCCUGCGCCCUCAGCAUCGUCCAAGAGUUCCCCUACGAUCUCAUCUCGCAGCGCAAAUCCUACCCUCUUCUCGGCCGCUCCAUGAACCUCCUCGAGCACGAAUAUCCCAUCUCGAAAGGGGAGUCCAAGCUCUACAGCGCUCUCGUCGCACAAUCAAAAACCUACCACGACCUCGAAAUCCUCGUCACAACCAUUCGCCACCUCGCCGAGUGGCGCAACAUCGAACAUGGCUACACCGGCUCGUCUAA